AUGUUGCAAGAGCACAAUCGGCAUCACCUUUCCGCUUCCAUUAUUGAAAUUAAUCAUGAUGGAAUAUCUUUUGUGGAUGAUGAAAAAUCUUCUUGUCAUGAUGAUGAUGGGAAUAAUAGAAGAAACAAGCAAAUUAAAUUUUCAAGACAUCGGACAUGUUUGAUGAAAGAGGAUAUUCAUACAUUGGUGAAAAUAAUUAUGAUGGAUUUUUCAAAUUCAAAUAAUACUUCUGUACAUAAUCAAUAUGGGGAUGAUGAACAUUCGGAUCAUGUUGAUCAGAUUCGGAAUUUGCAAUUAUUAUUGAAAAAGAAAUUUUCAUUGCAACAAGAAGGAAAGAAAAAGUGGUUGUUGAAUCGAGAAUUGAAAUAUGAAAAUUUCUUUCCCAUCGAGUUCAUGAAUGAUAAGGAAUUUAUGUUGAAUCACAUUAAAAAGUAUGGUAAUGGAUUAGAAUUUGCACCACCAAAGCUGACAGAAGAUAGAGAGUUGGUAUUGCAAGCGGUUCAAUUGCGCGGAUAUGAUUUAUAUUAUGUUCUAAUAUUAGAAGUGAUAAAGAAGUGGUAUUAG